AUGGUGUCAGAGGUGAAGGUGAAUGGUGGCGACAUGGAGACCCCUGCGGGUGAGCUGCUGCCAGCGCUUGCUGAAAAACCUGCCGGUCUACCACCUGGCAAGUACUCCCUUGUUGGAUGGGAUAUGGAUACUACUGGACGUAGGCUUAUUGAUGAAAUAUGUCAAAUAGCUGCGUAUACACCUAAGCAAUCAUACUCGCAAUACAUAAUGCCUUAUGGAGACUUGAACCCAGGUGCUCGCCGGCGUCAUAAUGUCCGAGUUGUAACUGUUGGACGAUACCGAAUGCUUAAGGACACAAAUACUCAUAAGAUACUAAAAACAAAAUCGGAAAUAUCAGCCCUCACAGAUUUUCUAGAUUGGCUGGAGAAAGAAAAAGGUGAUGGAAGUGUGAUUUUAAUCUACCACGAACCACGUCGCCUCAGUCCAACCAUGUUGCUAGAAGCACUGACUCGCUACAAGUUGCUGGACCGCUUCAAGUCGAUUGUGGCUGGAUUUACGGACAGUUAUGCGUUGGCGGCCGACAAAUGCAAGUCUACGGUGAAGUCAGUAUCCUUGCGAGUACUAGCACGAGUACUACUUGACGCUGACACUCUCUCUGUGGACAGUGCACUCGACAGAGCCACAGCUGCUUACCGCAUAGUAGAACACUUAGCUCAAGGUGAACAACAAGAAGUUGGUGCUGGAGGCGAGGGUACAGCAGCCAGUAAAGACAUGGUGGAGACAGCUCGGCUUUGGGCUAGACCUGUCCAUACUGAACUAGAGGCACUUGCUAAUCUUAAGAAGUUGCUCGAGAGACAAAACACGUUCCGACCCGUUUUCGCACCGUUACUACGUUCUGCGAGGCCGGAACGUAAACGUGUAACUCAACUUCGACGGCUUCUCGCCGACGCCGGACUAUUAUAUGAUCAAAUUCGUGACGCGUGGCAGGAAGAGAAGCUUACUGGUUUAGAAAAACAAUUACAGGCACUGUCUGUGUCUGCUAACGAAGAGGACAUAAAGGAGCUCAUAGAAAUUUUUGAUUGUCAUUUCGAUCCUGCCAAAGAACCAAAAGGACCUAAACCAAGAGUUACAAACAGAAAUAGAGCGACGUCGUCGGCGGGUGAAACAGGCGAAGCGGAAGGCAGCACUAGCGAGUCACAAAAAAGUUCUCCACAAAAUUCGCCUAACAAGACAAGCAAUGAUGUAGCAGCAGGGGAUACUAGUCAAACGGUAGCAGCUCCCGAAGCAGUAGCAGCAGCCGACUAA